AGUGCCUAUGCCAUCCCAGCGCUCCAGCCCGAUGCAGCAAACCCCAGAGGAGACCCGCAAGACCCCAUCUGCAGUAGCAGAGGAGACACUAUGGUCCAGGCCUGAAUGCCAGGCAUGGACAGGAAUGCUGCUCCUGGGUACCUGCCUGCUGUACUGCUCUCGUGUCACCAUGCCCGUCUGUACUGUUGCCAUGAGCCAGGACUUUGGCUGGAACAAGAAGGAGGCUGGUAUCGUGCUCAGCAGCUUCUUCUGGGGCUACUGCCUGACUCAGGUGGUGGGCGGCCACCUUGGGGAUCGCAUCGGAGGUGAGAAAGUCAUCUUGCUGUCAGCCUCCACCUGGGGCUUCAUUACUGUUGCCACACCACUGCUUGCCCAGCUUGGCAGUGGCCACCUGGCCUUCAUGACGUUCUCCCGAAUCCUCACCGGUCUGCUCCAAGGUGUCUAUUUCCCAGCCCUGACCAGUCUGCUGUCCCAGAGAGUGCAGGAGAGUGAGAGAGCAUUUACCUACAGCACUGUGGGUGCUGGCUCCCAGUUUGGGACACUGGUGACCGGGGGUAUAGGCUCCGUGCUCCUGGACUGGUGUGGCUGGCAGAGUGUCUUCUACUUUUCCGGUGGUCUCACCUUGCUCUGGGUGUGCUACGUGUACAGGUACCUGCUGAAUGAGAAAGACCUUGUCCUGGCCCUGGGUGUUCUGGCACAAGGCCUACCUGUGGCCAGCCCCUCCAAAGUGCCCUGGAGACAACUCUUCCGGAAGGCCUCUGUCUGGGCGGCUAUCUGCUCCCAGCUGUGCUCAGCUUGCUCCUUCUUCAUUCUACUCUCCUGGCUGCCCACCUUCUUCAAGGAGACCUUCCCUCACUCCAAGGGAUGGAUCUUCAAUGUAGUACCCUGGCUGCUGGCAAUUCCUGCCAGUCUAUUCAGUGGGUUGCUCUCUGACCAUCUCAUCAGUCAGGGUUACAGAGUCAUCACGGUGCGUAAGUUCAUGCAGGUGAUGGGCCUUGGCCUAUCAAGCGUUUUUGCCCUGUGUCUGGGUCAUACUACAAGCUUCCUCAAGGCUAUGAUCUUUGCAUCAGCUUCCAUUGGCUUCCAGACCUUCAACCACAGUGGUAUUUCAGUCAAUAUUCAGGACCUGGCCCCAUCCUGUGCUGGCUUUCUGUUUGGUGUGGCCAACACUGCAGGGGCAUUGGCAGGUGUUGUAGGCGUGUGUCUGAGUGGCUACCUGAUUGAGUCCACUGGAUCCUGGACCUGUGUGUUCAACCUGGUGGCCAUCAUCAGCAACCUGGGACUGUGCAUGUUUCUGGUAUUCGGGAAGGCCCAGAGGGUGGACCUGAUCCCUACUCAUGAGGACCUCUAGCUCCCAGACUGUCCAGUCCCAUCAAGGACCCUGAUGUCAGCAGCUUAAGGACAACAGCUCUGUUGGUGAAACUGUGAAUCAUCACCUCACAUAUAGGAGCAGACAGCCAAGACCAUGGUCUCCUGGGGAACGCAAAUGAGUUGGAGAGAUAGGUAGAAACAGACACCUGAGUACACAAUGGCCUGUGUCAGGAGUAGGGUCAUGGCCUCUCUGAGCUUCAGUGUAUCCAUCUGCUGGUCAGGACCGUCCCACCCUCCUCUCAGGUUCAGUGGGACUGCUGCCUGGGAUCGUGGAAGCCACAUUGCUGACAGGCAUCCUCCCCAGCUCCAGUCCAUCUGAUGUGUUGAGGAUGUGUUGUAUGCUGGUAGAUGUUCAGGAGCAGCUCUGACCCUCACCCACCCCAGGCAGCAUCCUACCUCUGUCUCUCCAGCAAUGAUAACCCAAGUUGUCUAUAGACAUUAACCCAUGUCCCCAUGAUAAGACAGGCCCACCAGAACCACAGUUCAGAAGCUAUGGUUUCUGCUUCUCCCUGGAAGUCAGGCUGCCACUCCAGCUGGACCCGUGUGCAGUGGCCUCGAGGUCCUUGCCUGCCUCUACAGACCCCAGUCCCCUUCCUGUGGAUCACUCAGCACUACUGAUGUGUCCUGCCUGGUCAGGCAGGUGCCUGGCACUUCUCAGGCUCUGCCUGGAUUCUCCAGGUAUCACAGACCCCAGAACAAGGUGAAACCUCCCCCCACUUUCUAGCCUUGUUUUUCUACCUCCCCUUUUAUACCUUGUGGAGCUGGUGGUUUCAUGAACUGAUAAUGAAUUCCAAGAUUGUAAUUAGAUUAUCUUUAUAGAUAUGUUGAGUCUCACUAAAGUCUUAUUUAAGCAAAAAUUAUUAAACUAUUUAAAAGAA